ACGGCUGGUAGGCAUCAGUGUGUGGACGUCUUCACCCCAAGCAACAUCUCAUCUCCUACUCCCUCAACAUGAAGGUGUACGUGGCAGUUCUAGUAGCCGUGGUGGCAGUGUCCGUGAGUGCCUUCCCUGAGGGCUAUAACUAUGAGCAGCCAAAACAGAGCUAUCUACCCCCUGAGCCUUCUAACCGCGUGGAGGAGCCGCUACAGCAACAGAAGGGGAUGCCUUAUGACUUCGAGUGGGAUAUCCAGAAUCAAGAUUUCGGCAACGCUUUCAGUCACGUAGAGAACAGUGACGGCAGCACCACCCAGGGGGAGUACCGCGUCCUGCUGCCCGACGGUCGAACUCAGGUGGUCAAGUUCUUCGAUAAAGGAGGCGGAUAUAACGCCGAUGUGACCUAUGAGAAGUAAGGACCCCACCUCAACCUAUCCUUGACCUCUCCUGACCUGACCACCGCACCUCUGGAUCUUUCACUUGUUCUUACCUGUGUUUCUAUAAGGAGCUAAAAAUGCAAUAAAGAAGACGAGAAAAA